AUGCCUGAGUGUGGUUCAAUCGUGGACGGGGUCGUGCGAUACCCUCUUUCUGGAAUCAACGUUGUCAUCGUUGGUGCAGGCUUAGGUGGCUUACAGGCAGCCGUCGAAUGUUGGAGAAAGGGUCAUGAGGUUCAAGUACUUGAGAAGGGGGAGGCCAUCUCCGAGGCUGGCGAUGUUAUCAGACUCGGCCCAAAUAGUUACGCCACCUUGAAGGAGUACCCCACGAUGCUUCAGGAAUGGGACCAAUUUGCUUUCGACGUUGAAACAUGUUUCUGCCAUCGCGAUGGGAAGUUCGCCAUCCCAAAGGCCGAGUUCGAGCACCACCUCCCAGGAGUUGCCACGCAUGUCAUCUGGCCCAUCCGAGCCAAGCCAAUAGCGAGUCGGAGAGAUCUUGCCUUGAUGUUCUUGGGUCAGUGCAAGCGGUUGGGAAUUCCCGUGACCUACAAUGUCAACAUCACACAGUACUCCGAGGAUGGCAAGGGAACUGCUACGGCCCAUGCUGAAGACGGUCGCACUUUCACUGGCGACGUUGUGAUAGCGGCGGAUGGCAUCGGCUCUAAGAGUUGCGGUGUAACGCUGGGCAAACCGGUUCGAGCAGUUAGCACGGGAUAUUGCGCUGAUCGUGUCAUGUACUCGACCGACCACAUCAAAGAUGCUCCCGCCUUGCAGAAAGCAAUUGCUGAGCUUGAACGACCGCAGCUGCGCAUGUAUACCGCUCCUGACAUGUACCUCGUGUUCCUCUUGUCCAAGACUCAUAUCUUCCUGGGUAUCACGCACAAGGAUGAUGGCACCGCCGUAGAGUCCUGGUCAUCGACCGUGACCCCUGAGCAAACCGCGGAUGUCAUGCCCGAUAAGGAGAGCUGGGAUCCAGUCCUCAUGGAAGCGAUUCACAGUACCCCGCCGAACACUGUUGUGCGAUGGAAGCUGUCCUGCCGCAACCCCCAACCCAAGUGGCACUCCGAUGGCGGUCACAUCAUUCAAGUUGGUGAUGCAGCGCACAGCUUCAUCCCAUCAUCCGGGAACGGAGCGUCCAUGGCUCUUGAAGACGCCAUGUCACUUCCCGAGUGCUUGAGGCUGGGGGGCAAAGAUCGCAUCUCGCUGGCUAUUCGAGUUCAUCAGCUUCUCAGAUAUGAGCGUACGUCACUGCUACAACACAAUGGCUUCGUCAACAGGCGUCAGGUUCACCGCGACAUGAACGAGAUUCUCAAGGAUGAAAGACAGCCUAUGCUGCUCGGCAAGUGGGUAUGGACACAUCAUGCCGAGAAAUAUGUCACCGAGAAUUUUGAAAACGCUGGCUUGGCAGUUGAGGGCGGCAAACCGUUCAAGAAUACCAAUCUACCAGUAGGUCAUCAGGUGCAGCCCUGGAGUAUUGAGGAAGAGGAAGAGAAAGAGAAGUCCGGGAUCUUUGUUGAGGAUUUGAAGAACACGGGCGACUGGGGCUUGAUCUGA